CAAUGCCCAUGCUCAGUAUAUCAUAUCACAUGAUGCUAAGGUGUGGAUCACCUCUAUUGCUGGCCCUGAGGAUGCUAUCUUCAUCCUCACCAUCAUCAUCUUCUCUAUUUUUCUCAAACCCUAAACUUUACCACCUUAAUUCCUCUCCUCAACCCUUGUUUGUUCUACCUUUCAACUCUCCUCUCUCUGGUUUUUGCGCUUCCUCUCACCCUCAGAGGAUGACACUGUCCAUGUGCUUCUCUGCCACCACGGGUGCUGAUCCCAUUCCCACUUCAGAUCCGCACCCACCGCAGUCAUCCGACUCUCAAUCACUCGUGGUCGUUUCCUUCUAUAAGUUUGCUGAUUUCCCAGACCAUGCUGAUUUGCGCAAGCCCUUGAGGCAACUCUGCCAGGACCUGUAUGUUUCAGGUGGUAUCAUUCUAGCUCGUGAAGGGAUUAAUGGCAGCAUUUGUGGUACACGAGAAUCAGUGGAAAGAGUCCUUAUGUUCAUCCAAACCGAUGACCGUCUAAAGGGGUUGAGGCAGAUAGAGUCCCCGGUUAGUCCUGAGCAGGAAGCUAUCCAUCAUGGACAUUCUAGUAGCUCUCCUCUUGCAGCAGGUGAGGACGCACCCUUUCGAUGGGACCAUGUGCGAGUAAAGUUGAAGAAAGAGAUUGUUACUCUUGGAAUGCCAGAUGUAUCUCCGAUUGAAAAGGUUGGAAAGUAUGUUAGCCCAGGGGAUUGGAAUGCUUUAAUCAGUGAUCCAGAUACUGUGGUAAUUGACGUUCGCAAUAACUAUGAAACUAGAAUUGGGAUGUUCAAAGGAGCAGUUGAUCCAUGCACGACAGCAUUCCGUGAUUUCCCAUCUUGGGUGGAGGAACAGUUCCAACCUGAUGCUGCAAACGUAGAGCAUGCAGAAAUGGAGAAGGAAAGAUCAAAUGAAAGCAUCAAUGAAGAUGCAGAGAUUUCAAAACCAAAAAUGCCAAAGAGGGUUGCAAUGUACUGCACGGGAGGUAUUCGAUGUGAGAAAGCGACAAGUUUUAUGCUCAGCAAAGGUUUCGAGGAGGUCUAUCAUCUGAAAGGUGGGAUUUUGAAGUACCUAGAGGAAAUCCCGAAAACGGAGAGCCUGUGGGAGGGCGAGUGCUUCGUGUUCGACAAGCGAGUUGCUGUUGAGCAUGGUCUUAUACAAGGAAAUUUCAAGCUUUGCUAUGGGUGUAAGCAGCCUGUUAGUGAUGCAGAUAUGGAAGCACCAGAGUGGGAGUAUGGGGUUUCAUGUCCCUAUUGUUACUCAACGAAGUCUGAAGAAGAGAAAGAAAGGGCAAGGGCACGACAGAGACAGUUUGAGGCCUGGGGAAUUAUCGGCGGUCCUGAUAAGGGUCGGAGACCAGCAGCCAAGGCAGAUAGUAUAAAGAGUGACCAAAUCCAAACCAAUGAUUCAGCUUCAGGUUAGACUUAGCUGGUCGGAAAGAAUUAGCUAUAAGAGGAUGAACUACUUCCUUGAUUUAUUCGUUAGUUUGUGGUUGAUUGGAAGAUUAUGUCCGCCAUUUUUGUAUGAAAUGAAUGCACAUAGGUUUUGGAGGGGUUAAGGUUGAAUUCAUCUUCAGUUCAGUUUUCACCUUUGUCCCUGCCUUAUGCCUCAGCAUCAUGUUAAUGUUAGUCGGUUUACAACAUAA